AUGGGAGUUUGCUAGACGAAAAAAAUGUAAAAUUAAAAGCUUGUCUCACAUAAUGGGCAUUCAAUAGAAGAAAAAAUUAAAGCAGAUAUAUUUGCGACACCAGAUGCUACCAUAAGACGAUCUAACAUUUCUCAUUAAGAAAAGAAAAUCUUUGGCGAUUCCAAUUAUUCAACCAACACGGAAGGAAAUAUGGUUUCAUCUAGACAAAGAAAUCCAAUAUCAGUCUUAAAAAUCUAAAACAAUGUAUCUGGAUUGCUUUCUUGCACUGCUAGCCCUGUUCUUGAAACUAUGAGCGCUUCUAAAAAAUAUACUCUAAUUGGUCAGCAUUCCUCAAAUUAUGUACGUAUCAGUCAUAUGUUUUAGUAAAUUUCGAUUUUGCAAAGUAAUAAGACAGGGAAGCUAGUGCAGAUGGAAAAUUUUUAGAAGUCUAAUCCUGAUAAUGAGAAGUACAUCUCAUGGCUAUAAAAAGUAGCUUUAGAUCAUCCCAAUAUACUCAGGAUUGUUGAAAUAUUUCAGGAUAGAAUGAAUUAUUAAGUGGUAUCUGAGCAUUUUCAUGGGAAUUAUUUAUCAGAUUUAAUUAUAGGCGAGGCCAAAGUUUCAAAAAGUUUAGUAUCUCAAAUUUAUGAAUAAAUUAUCUCUGUAAUGCAAUAUCUUCACUCUAAAAAUUUGGUUCAUGGAAACCUAACACUUAAAUCCUUUGAGUAUAUGUAAGGUAGCAAUGGAGGAUUGGUGAUAAAAUUAGUAAAUGUAAAGGGAAUAAUCAUAAAGGAAGAAGAUAAUAUGGAAAUAAUUAAAUUAUUGCCUCCAGAAUGUUUAUAUCAUCAGAAUCUCUUUACUAAAGAAAGAGAUAUUUGGAUGGUAGGAUUACUAGGCUAUACUUUAAAGAAAGGUUAGUUACCCUAUAACUUAUCUCAUAAUACGACACAAUAAUUCUUAAUAAGCAUAAUCAAAGAUCAUAAAUUCAAUUUCUCAAAAAAGAAGGAUUUGAUCUUUAAGAAUUUCUUAGAAGCAACAUUGGCAAAGGAUCCUGAACAUCGAGUAGAUUUUGAAACUCUUUUAAAACAUCAAUUUCUAAAAAUUCAUAGAAUUAAGACUACUUCUCAAUAAGAAAUUCUCUUUGCUAAUUUUCUUUUAAAUAAACCUUGUUGCACGAUUCAAUAACUAUUGUUGGGAUAUUUUGGAUAGGAAUUUAAUUGGGAAGAAUAUAUUGCAAUCCAAAAACUAUUUUCAGAGAGUGAUACAAAUAUGGAUGGAUUAUUAAGUAAGCAAGAACUCAUUAAACUCUUUUCUAACUAUAAAUCAACAGAGGAUGUAGAAAAUAAAAUAGAUGAAAUAUUUUAAUAGUUAGAAAUUGACCCUUAAGAAGGAGGAAUAGAUUCAACAUAAUUUAUGUCCUUGGCUUUAACCAGAUCUAUUUUGUUAACCUAAUAAAAUACUGAAACUUGCUUCUAAAUCUUCUCAUACAAUAAACAAGAAAUAUAAUUAAAGGGACUUAAAAGACAUUUGUAAUGUGAAACUGCAGAUAUCAAAUCCGAGUUUUCUUAAAUAACAGAUGAUUUAAAUACUCUCAAUUGGUAAUAGUUUGAAUCAAUAAUGAGAUUACUUAUAGAAUGA